ACAUUUUAAGUGUGACUACAGAUUUUCAAUAUAAACGCCACGUGUAUACUCAGCUUUAACCUUUAAUCAAUGAAUAAACUCGUGCAAACAGCUCUCAGUUCUUUCGAGGAAACAAUUAAGCAGAGCUAGCUCAAAUCAAACAUCAAAAAAUUCAAGUUUAGUGAACAGAAACCAUUUAGUUUUAUCAUUUAAAUGUGUCUACCCUGGCAUCAAGAUUGAACUGACGGAAGUACUGUAACUUGAAUAAAGUUGAUGAAAGAUAAUGAUCUUGAUUGUGCUUGCAAGAAAUGAUAGAAUGUUCAUUUAGCAUAACUUUUGUAAAUUGUAAUCUUUUUUGACAGAAAUUUAAUGGUUUGAAAGUUCAUAGAAAGCACUUUAUCAAUGGCCUGGAAUGUUAGUUCUGAUACGAAUGCUUUGUAUAGACGGUGCUGAUAUUGUAUCAUGAUAUGGUUGCAUUAGUGAAUGGUAGAAGAUGGCUAAAGAAAAUGUCACACUAAUGUGUUACUGGAAUGGGAAGAUAACAAAUGGAGCACAAGGCAUUACUUAUGAAGGUGCUGUCCCAAAGCCUACCAGGGUUAGCUACGAAACAACGCAUAAUCAGUUGCUGGAAAAGAUGUAUGAGAUUACUGGGUUUGACCAGCAACAGAAUAAAAUGAAGAUCAUAUGCAGGUAUCCAGCUUGUCGGGAAUUCAUACCUGUGCCCAUCACUGAUGAUGAGUCUUUAGAUAUUGUAUUUGAUGUGGCACGAAAGCCUGGAACAAAUUGUUUGGAAUUGUAUUUGGAAAGAGAACCAACAAGCAUAGAUAGCCAAGUAAAUAUCACAACUCAAAUCCAUGUGGAUAAUCAAGUCACAAAGCCGGUCUGCUAUGAUAAUCAGAUAGUAGUAGAUGGGGACAACUGUAAUGCCAACCCUGAUACCUUUUUAGACCCAGGGCCAAGUGACAAGUCUGUGCUUGUGUUGCAAGACCAGCAUAGAUCUGAAGCCAUAUGGGCAGGAGAGGACCCUGGUGUCUUAACAUGUAGACAGAGAUUGGGUACAAUGAUGCGAGAGUGGCAAUUGGAUCACCGUAUUCGUCAUUUUGUUGUUGAGGCUGGGUUCUAUGGGGUAUACAGAAUUGGUUUUAUUCAACUUGACUGGCCCUUGGUCACUGCAUUGGUUGAGAGAUGGAGACAAGAGACACACACCUUUCAUUUUACUGUGGGUGAGAGUACUGUCACACUACAAGAUGUAGCAGUACUGUUAGGCCUUCGUAUACAUGGUUAUCCUGUGACUGGUAGUGCGGACCUCCAGUGGGAUGACCUCUGUGAAGAGUUGUUAGGGGUGAGACCAGAUCCUAGUGUUCUUCAUGGUUCAACCCUGAAGCUUAGAUGGUUACGAGGCCAUUUCCAGCACCUGCCAUUAGAUGCUGAUGCUGUAACUAUGCGGUGCUAUGCUAGGGCAUAUAUCUUAGGCUUAUUGGGGUCUCUCUUUGCAGAUAAAUCUGGUUCGGAUGUGCAAUUGAUAUUCUUACCUCUUCUAAGGGAUUUUAAGUAUGCAAGGAAAUUUAGCUGGGGUAGUGCUGUACUAGCCUACCUCUAUCGUGAACUCUGCCGGGCUAGUAAGAAGGGGGCCAGUGAAAUUUCUGGUCCUCUAAUGUUGUUACAGUUAUGGGCAUGGGAGCGUUUGCAUAUUGGUCGCCCUGAGAGGUUUGUUGCCCAAGAGCAGGAUCCAGUUAUUCCAGAUGGUGAAGUUGUAAAGAAUAAGGUGCAAGUUUCAGGAGUUGAGAUGGUCAAUCAAGAGACAUUAGCUGCAGAUCCAUUAGGAUGCAGAUGGAGGUCUCCUGUCAUCCGCAGAGAUAACCCUCAGAGGGCAUUGAUAUUUUAUCGAGACCAGCUUGAUCAACAAACAUAUGAUCAGAUGAUAUGGCAGCCAUACAUGUCUGAGUUACUUGUGUCCCCAGCAGAUGUAUGUGUUAGAGACCAGCAUGUGUGGAGGACAAUUGCUCCACUUAUUUGCUUUGACAUUGUUGAGUGGCAUCGUCCUGACAGAGUUCUACGCCAAUUUGGUCUCAAACAAGGAAUUCCUAUGCAGUGUGAUACUGAGGUGAAAAUCCAUGCUAUUGAUAGACGGGGUCGACAUCAUUACAAUUGGAAAGCAUAUCAUCAACAAUAUAUCAAGUUAUGGGCAUCUCAGGAGAAAAGUAUAGUUACCGCUGAGCCUGAGGAGAGCACUAUGCAUUAUCAUGACCCAUACAUGAAGUGGUACAGAAGCAUAACUCGUCGUUUGAUUACCCCACUCACUCAAAGACCUCAUAAGCGAAUUCAGCCUGCUAGUGGGAUGUCACAUUUACUGGUCCAUAGCUUGACAAAUAUUCACAAUCAAUGCACUGCAACCCUUGGUACUUUUACCAGUGAAAGUGGUAUGCAGUCAUUGACAAAUAUCCAGAUUAUGUGCACUCGUGUGUUGCAAACGAUUGGGGAGAUUCGACACCUUGAGACAAUACAAGCACCUACCACAACCAUGGCACCACCAUCUCCUUCACAAGCUAAUGAUAUGGAGGGGCUACCACUUCUAAUAGCACAAAUGCCAGCCAAAACUAAAUCUCUAUCAAUGAGAGGGCGAGGCAGAGCCAAAGGUCGAGGCCGAGGACUUGCAACACAACAAAAGGCAAUGGAACUAGUAAUAACAUCGCAACAGUUAUCCCCACAAGUGGUGGUAGCAUCGUACACAACUCCGUCACAGAGUAAUGAUAUUCAUAUAGAGGAGCCUUCAACUCUCAAUUUGGAGGGGCCUACGGCACCAGCGGAGUCAGUGCAUCCACUCGAAGGUGAGACAACAACAGAGAAAGUGCUACUUUAUCCACACUCUGGUUCUGAGGAGUCACCAUGUCUCACUCAAGUUGAGUCCAGCGAUGUAACUAGACAUAAGAAGAAGCCUAAGUUCCUUUGAUGUUGUUGAUGAUCAAAGUCUUCUAUACUGAUACUUUUUGUUCCUUGAACUUUGUGAAUAUGAAAGAAUCUUCAUUAACUUUUAGGAUUUAAGUUUUUCAAGAUUUUUAGCAUCAGGGUUUAUUUGGUACUUCUCAAAUAUGUUUAUAAAUAGUGUUGCAAAAGUUCAAGAUUCUACCUUAUAUUUCAUUGAUUCUCUGGCAGAAUAUGAUGCGUUGAAAAAUUAGAA